GACCGUUGAUUCGAUUUCACGACACGGAGUUCUUGUUUUGACCGUUCAUUCUUUCUGCCACGGCGGAUUUCUUCUCCACCGGCUGCCUUUUCUCUUUCCCUUCGCUUGGCAAACAGUCAAUGGUGAGUCUGAAUUAGAAUCCAUGGAUCUUUCGUCCCUCGUGCCCCCGGGCGGCUAGAUUUUACGGGUUCCUCCUUAAUUCCGAAAUGAGUCGCGGCGUAUAAGCGGAUAGCUCGUGGUGGUAGUCUCCCUCCCAGAUCAUCCAUUCUGUAGCAGAGAGCAGGAAGACAUGGAUCCCAAUUCGGUGAAGGGCGUGCCCACUCACGACCGGAAGUAUGUGCAGUACAAUAUUCUUGGUAACCUCUUUGAGGUCUCUUCGAAGUAUGUUCCUCCCAUACAACCGAUUGGUCGUGGAGCAUAUGGCAUCGUUUGCUCUGCAAAAAAUUCCGAGACCAAGGAAGAGGUGGCUAUCAAGAAGAUUGGGAAUGCUUUUGACAACAGUGUUGAUGCAAAAAGGACUCUUCGAGAAAUAAAACUCCUUUGUCAUAUGGACCACGAAAAUGUUAUACAGAUCAAGGACAUCAUCAGGCCACCUCAAAAACAAAAUUUUAAUGAUGUAUAUAUUGUUUACGAGCUUAUGGAUACAGACCUUCAUCAAAUCAUCCGAUCUAACCAGCCAUUGACAAGUGAGCAUUGCCAGUUUUUUGUCUACCAAUUGCUAAGGGGACUGAAAUAUGUUCAUUCUGCAAAUGUUUUGCAUCGAGACCUGAAACCUAGCAAUUUGCUACUUAAUGCAAAUUGUGAUCUUAAGAUAUGUGAUUUUGGACUUGCUCGAGUUACAUCUGAGGCAGAUUUCAUGACUGAAUAUGUUGUGACAAGAUGGUACCGUGCACCCGAAUUGCUUCUCAAUUGUUCUGAGUAUACUGCUGCUGUUGAUAUAUGGUCUGUGGGUUGCAUACUAAUGGAAAUUAUAAAGCGGGAGCCAUUGUUUCCUGGUAAAGAUUACGUUCAGCAAUUGGGACUUAUAACUGAGUUAUUAGGGUCGCCAGAUGAUUCUGAUCUUGGAUUUUUAAGAAGUGAUAAUGCGAGACGGUAUGUUAAGCGCUUACCACAGUUCCCGAAGCAGCCAUUUUCUGUAAAAUUUCCUAAUGCAUCACCUGCUGCUCUUGAUCUUGCUGAAAAGAUGUUGGUCUUUGAUCCUAGCAAGCGCAUUACAGUUGAGGAGGCACUGAACCAUCCAUUUCUAAGAAGUCUUCACGAGAUCAAUGAAGAGCCUGUAUGCUCAACCCCUUUCAGUUUUGACUUUGAGCGGCUAUCAUUCAGUGAGGAAGACAUAAAAGAUCUUAUUUAUGAAGAAUCUCUAAGAUUCAAUCCUGACAUGAUGGAAAUACCUUUCUAGUGAGUGUGCUCUUGUCCUCAUGCCUUUUUUCAUGUGUUCUAUAAAUCCUCUGGAUUGGGAACAAAGUGUUGCACAUGACUGUAGCUCUGUACAUGUUCAGUCUGCAAAAUAUUGCCAAGCAACGAAGUUAAACAUUAUUUAUUUAAGGGUUGUGGGGUUCUUGUAUUUUAUCAAAUUAUUUGCUCUCUUUUUCUCUUUC